AUGUACGGUUAUGACGCCGGGGUCUUGGGAGGCGUGCUCUUGCACAAGCCUUUUCUCGACGCUAUCGACAACCCGACCGGAGAAUGGGUGAUUCCCUGGAUCUCGAGCUCCUACUCCUUGUCGGCAUGCAUCACUUGCGCCAUCGUGGCGACGUUUGCAUUCAAAAUCGGCCGGCGAGGGACCAUUAUCUUGGGCAACAUCGCCGCUGUGGUCGGUUCGGUCAUUCAGUCGACCGCUAACUCGGUGGCACAACUCACUGUCGGUCGAGUGAUCACAGGCUUUGCUAUCGGCUGCAUUUCGAGCGCUGUCCCUACUUACCUUGCGGAGACCGGAGUUGAAAUCGGCGACCGUGGCCCUGCCAAUGCCUUCAACGCGAUAAUGCUGAUAUCCGGCGUCCCGUUGGCGUACUGGAUCGACUAUGGCUGUACCAAAUCUAAUGGACAAUGGAGCUGGCGGGUGCCCAUCGCGUUUCAAUGCAUAUUUGCCAUUAUCGGCGGAGGCUGCAUGUUCUUCCUCCCCGACACGCCCCGUUACUACUACGCCAAAAACCGGCAUAGCGAAGGCGACGACGCACUGGAACGGCUGAAUGAUGCGGCAAUUGACACUGAACAAGUCCAGCGGAUCAAGCGAGAGAUUCUGCUCGCCAUCGAGGCAGAGGACGAAGCCGCGUCAAGCCUCCACUGGAGAAUGUUCCUCACGUCGGGCAUCAUCGACCGCACACCGAUGAAGAUCAUCCGAAGGCUGUGCAUAUGCUUCUGGCUCCCCAUGAUUAGGGAGUGGAUGGGUAGCAGUUUAAUGGCUUAUUACAGCUCCGUCAUCCUCAGCAGAGUUGGCGCUCGGCCUUCCCUGGUCAGCCUCCUUGCUGGGGUGCUCAAUAUCUUCUUCGCUCUCGGCUGUGUACCGCUUUACUUUACCAUUGAACGAGUCGGCCGCCGCUCUGUCCUCCUAUACGGGGCGUGCGUUAUGUCCGUCCUAAUCCUCAUCUUUACUGUGCUGCAGGCCGUCCCUGCGACGACUUCCAUCCAAUGGGCAGGGAUCGGCAUCAUCUUCCUCUUUCUCUUUGUCUUCGGGUACGCGUGGCAGGGCUGCGUCUGGCUCUAUUGCUCCGAGAUCGCCCCGCUCGAAUACCGACACAUCGGUGGUGCUUUUACUGGGUUUGGUGAGUGGUUGAUGACGUUCAUCACGGUCUUUGCGGGACCUAUCGGUCUGACCAAUGUGGGCUGGAAGUUUUGGCUGUGGGUGCUCAGCGGGAAUCUAGUGGCCAUCGCCUUUGUUUUCUUCCUCUGCCCUGAGACGGGCGGGAAGACGUUGGAGCAGGUGGAUUUCCUGUUCAGCAAGAGUGAGUUUGUGAGUGGAAUGAAGAAGGCUGAGCAGGAUGAAGAGGAAGGAGAGGAGAAGCGGAUUGAGGAGCGGGUUGAAUUGAAGGCAUAG